UUCCCGCCUCAACUCAUUCUCUCUCCAACUCCCACAAACAGAAAACGAACAUAAGCAGAUGACAGUUUACUAUGUAACCAAAAUAAGAUCUCAUCACUUCAUCCCAAAGCCUCUCUUAAACCCCUUCUUUUCUUGUCUUUCUCUUCACUCACACUCUUUCUCUACUCACAAGUCAAACCCUACUUCAUGGAACACAACACACACUUAUGUUCUCUCAAACCCACUUCUUUCUUUACUAGAAAACUGCAAAUCUUUCUCUCAAUUGAAACAAAUCCAAGCUCAAAUGAUCCUUACAGGGUUGAUCUUAGAUGGGUUUGCUUCAAGUCGCUUAAUUUCGUUUUGUGCAAUAUCAGAAUCAAGAAAUCUUGAUUAUUGUAUCAAAAUUUUGAAUAAUUUACAAAACCCAAAUGUGUUUUCUUGGAAUGCAGUGAUUAGGGGGUGCGUAGAGAGUGAAAAUCCGCAAAAAGGUUUAGUCCUGUAUAAAAGGAUGCUGACUAGGGCUGGUUGUAGGCCUGAUAACUAUACUUAUUCUUUUUUGUUUAAAGUUUGUGCUAAUUUAGUGUUAAGUUAUAUGGGUUUUGAGAUUCUUGGACAGGUAUUGAAAAUGGGUUUUGAUAAGGAUAUGUAUCUGUAUAAUGGGAUCAUACACGUGUUGGUUUCGGUUGGAGAGUUGGGGUUGGCGCAUAAGGUGUUUGAUGAAGGUUGUGUGAGAGACUUGGUUUCUUGGAAUUCAUUGAUUAAUGGGUAUGUAAGAAGGAGGCAGCCAAGGGAGGCAAUGGGGAUUUAUCAUCAAAUGAUAACGGAGCAAGUUAAGCCUGAUGAGGUGACAAUGAUCGGUGUUGUAUCCGCUUGUGCACAAUUAGAAAGUUUGAAACUCGGGAGAGAAAUUCAUCGGUAUAUUGAAGAAAGUGGAUUGAAUUUGAAAAUUUCGCUUGUUAAUGCACUUAUGGACAUGUAUGUGAAAUGUGGGGAUCUUGAGGCGGGGAAAGUUUUGUUUGAUAAUAUGAGAAAGAAGACAGUUGUUUCAUGGACUACUAUGAUUGUUGGGUAUGCGAAAAAUGGGCUUUUGGAUAUGGCUGGGAAGCUUUUUCAUGAUAUGCCAGAGAAGAAUGUUGUGGCAUGGAAUGCCAUGAUUGGAAGUUGUGUUCAAGCAAAUCUUAGCUUGGAGGCUUUAGAAUUGUUUCGUGAAAUGCAAUUGAGCAAUAUGAAACCUGAUAAGGUGACCAUGCUUCAUUGCUUAUCUGCUUGCUCACAACUUGGAGCACUUGAUACUGGAAUGUGGACUCACAACUAUAUUAAAAAGCACAAUCUCUCUUUAGAUGUUGCCUUAGGUACUGCAUUAAUUGACAUGUAUGCAAAAUGUGGGAAUAUGACAAAGGCUCUUCAGGUUUUCAAUGAGAUGCCAAGAAGAAACUCUUUGACCUGGACAGCCAUUGUAGGUGGUUUGGCUCUUUAUGGGAAUGUAAAUGAUGCCAUAUUUUACUUCUCUAAGAUGAUUGAUAGUGGAUUGAUGCCAGAUGAAAUCACCUUUCUUGGGGUCCUAACAGCUUGUUGUCAUGGAGGGUUAGUUGAAGAAGGUCGCAAGUAUUUUGAUCAAAUGAAGUCCAGAUUCAACCUGUCUCCCCAGCCUAAACACUAUUCUUGCAUGGUGAAUCUUCUUGGUAGGGCUGGUUUGUUGGAGGAGGCUGAAGAGCUUAUUAAAACAAUGCCAAUGGAGGCAGAUGCUAUGGUUUGGGGUGCGUUGUUCUUUGCUUGUGGAAUACAUAGGAAUCUUCUAAUAGGGGAAAGAGCAGCUUCAAAGCUUCUUGACUUGGAUCCCCAUGACAGCGGAAUAUACGUCUUGCUUGCAAAUAUGUACAGGGAAGCUGGUAAGUGGGAGGAGGCUCAGAACAUAAGAAAGAUGAUGAUGGAAAGAGGAGUCGAGAAGACUCCUGGUUCUAGUUCAAUUGAGGCUUUCAAGUUCAAACCCAAUGAUGGCAUUCUCUACAUCAGAUGCAUUUUUCAUAUGGAACUGAGACAACAAUUAGUCAUGGAAUGCUUCAUUUGCAUUGCUUGCCGAACCCAUCUGGGCAUGCCUUGCCAUUGAUCUCUCAAGAAUGAUGAUUUUGCUCUGGGUUCAAUAUGGCUGUGUUGAACCAUCAGUGAGUGCCAAAAGAAAUUCUUUGAAAGAGCUAGGGCUGGGUCUAGGUGGGAUGCAAAACAUAAUAAAAAAAGUAAGGAAAAUAAAAAGCCCUACCUUUUUGCAGGUAAGUUGGGAUCCAAUGUUGGGUUUUGAUAUUAACAUCAGGGAUAGCCUAAAACAGAACUUAGCAUUUAACAAGCGUGGAGAUAAAGGAUAGAGGGAAUAUAUACACAAUGAUUCGCGCGCUAGGUUUUGUUCAUUCACCUUCACGUUCUGUUUCUUUGUCACCUCUCUGUUUCUCCCACAUGCUUGACAGCCUUUUAGGCUCUUUGGUCAGGCCACACUGAUCGCAUGGCCAUAUGGUCCAUGGCACUGGCCAGUGGUGUAGCCUCCAAUCAUCAUAAAUUUGAACUAUUGGGAUGCAGGAACUUCUCUUUCUGUACUGUCCUAGCUGACUUGUAGCUACCAAGUAUCUAAUCGGUUUUACUAUCAAUUUUAGUCACAUACCAUGCAAUUUUGAGAAAUUUUAUGUUCCUCAAAUUGAAGCUGCAAUUGCAGACAUUAAUCACAUCUUAUGAAUUACUUUUUUAGAUUAAAUCAA